ACCUCACACGAAGCAACAGAUCCCUCUUAUCAAAUACAAGACGUCUGUUUCCUCACAUUCAAAUUAGGAUUACGUUAAUGUACGCGCUCUGAAAACCCUAAUGGAAGACGUGUGAGGCUUAGAAAGGGGGGAGGAGACAUAGACAACAUUUAUGGGAGGGAGGAGGAGAGACAGCAAACGAGAGAAACGAGAAACAGGUUGGGAAGGAGACGAUUGACUCUUUGCUGUGUGGAACCAGGGUUUUCUCUCAGUUUUGUUUUAUCCUGCACUUUUCUAGGUGGCCCAGUGAGGACGUCCCAGCAGACAGUUUCCCACAGAGAUCCCCUGGGAGUGGACGAGAAAGUGCCCUGAGGUCGGGAAAAAAAGUUCCUCUCCAUUGCCAUGUCUGCUCCUGAUUACCCAGGCUCCUACAACCAGCCACCCUAUGCCAUGCCUCAGCAAGGCGGCCAAUCCGUUGCCCCUUAUCCUGUUCCUCAGGGAGGGUAUGGAGAUCCGGGUCAAGCUCCUCCCCCAGGCUUCAAUAUGGGCUACAACCAAGGCCCGCCUCCAGUCAUGUACCAGCCAGGACCAGUCGUCACAGCUCCAGGGCAAGAGUAUGGAGGACCUCCCCAGGCAAUCUCCCCGGCCCCGGCCCAUGGGCAAGCUGCAUCUCCGGUUGGGGUUCCUCCGGGGCUGGAGUACCUCGCACAGAUCGAUCAAAUCCUGAUUCACCAGAAAGUGGAACUCCUGGAAGCUUUCAUCGGGUUUGAGACCAACAACCAGUACGAGAUAAAGAACAGUCUGGGCCAAAAGAUCUACAAGGCCAAAGAGAAGAACGACUGCUGCACCAGGAACUGCUGCGGCUCGCUGCGCAGCUUCGACAUGAAGAUCAAGGACACGAUGGACCAGGAGGUGAUCCGCCUGGUCCGGCCGUUCCGCUGCGUCUCCUGCUGGUGUCCCUGCUGUCUGCAAGAGAUGGAGGUCCAGGCACCGCCCGGCACCACCAUAGGCUACGUGAAACAGCUCUGGCAUCCUUUCCUGCCUCGGUUCUCCAUCCAGGGAGCGAACAAGGAGUCGCUGCUGGUACUGGAAGGGCCGUGCUUCGCCUGCAACUGCUGUGGGGAUGUCAACUUUGAGCUGAAGGGGAAAGAUGGAGGCAAGCCCAUCGGUCGCAUCAGCAAGCAGUGGAGCGGUCUCCUGAAGGAGGUCUUCACCGACACGGACAACUUUGGCAUCCAGUUCCCGCUGGACUUGGACGUGAAGAUGAAAGCUGUGCUCAUGGGAGCCUGCUUCCUCAUCGAUUUCAUGUUUUUCGAGAAAGUGGGCGAGGCCAACCAGCGCAGCAGCGUGUUUUCAUAACAGAGGAGAAAGAAAGGACGGGGGAACAACAGCAUGGGAGGAAGGACUGUAUCCAGUUAUGCAUGCUCUCUGUGUUUAUGUACUUUUUCUUAUUUCUUUUUUAAUCUUCACAAGAUUCCAGCCAAUAUGGUGCUAACACCACAUGUUCAGACCAAUAUCAGCCAAUGAACCGUGAUUCCAGCCGUCUGACGCCAUGUUGCCUUACACUCCUUGUCAAAAGAAACCAACUUAACCUCCAUGUUUUUUUCAGUGCCUACUAAAAAGAGAAUUAUUAGCAAAUAUGUACACACGGAGAUUUUGAAUUUCUCUAUGCUGCACUGGUAUUGACUUUUCAUUAUUUAUGCUCUGCGUUUAGCGAUUAUUAUUGCACUUUUAUACAUUCUUGGAGAGAAGAAUAGACCAGACAGAAGCAGGCGGUCGCUCCACCACUUUGGUCAAGACUGAAAUAUUUCAACAACCUCCGGAUGAAUUGUCGUGUAGUUCUGAACAGACUGUCAUGGUCCGCAGAGGACGAACUUUGGUCAUCGCAAACUUCAGCUCAGAAUCUGUGUGACCCAAUACCCUUUUUUUUAGCAAGUGCAUGCUAACAUUUAGCUUGAAGCGCUGCUCAGCCACAGACUCCUAGAGCUGAUAGUAUCCCCUAAGUAAACGCUGCAGACUUUAUCUUAUAACUUAUAAAAACAACUUAAGUACUACCGGCAGUAAUAUAUUGUUAUUUAGCUUGUGAACGCUGCCACCUGACGCAUUUGUAGCCAGAGGUGGUGAAGCCAUGGUAUAGAGAUACCAUCUAUACCUGUGCUCGACCAAUCACGAUUUAUUUGACUUCUACUUUGAAUUUUUAUUCUGGUCCGUUUCUCAUCCACUAACAGUGACGAGGCGGGUUUUAUGAUCUAUUCUGUGUCUAGCCACUAGGGGAUGAUCAAGAUGUUUACAUCACAGCCAUGACGUCCCUCUUUCUCUAAAGUCUAUGGGUGUGACAGUGAGACCAAUGGGAGGAUGUUGAAUAUCUUGUCAGUGUUGACGCAUGCGCUGACAGUAUUUACCAAAGUGCUCCUUCUCUAGCCUGGUCUGCAUAAUCUGAACAGAACUGUAGCUCUUCUGUGUUGUAGUUGUUGCCGUGGAGACCGGUGCUACAGUCAAGCCUGGCCCUCCAAUUUCUCCAGAUGCAACUGCUUUUGUCCUAGAGACAAUGUGAUGGAAAGUGGAAAAAAAUGGGAAAGGAAAUAAGAAAGCAGAAGUUGGGGGUUGGUGAAUGUCGAUCUGACGUUUAGGGGGAAAAAAUGACUGUGCGUAAAAAGUGAGGUGACUAAGGAAAUGUUCUGUUGUAUCUGCAGAGUGACCUGAACGGCAGAUUAAUGUUGAUUAUUGCUAUUUUAUUCAUAUAAUCAUCCUCAUGAAAUAACAUGGGCGUGCCUCCAUUGGGGCUCGGAUGCCACUACUGCUUUUCAAUCCAAACUCUGUAUUGCACUGUCUGUAACUGUGUCUCAUUAUAUGUGCAAACUGUAUAUAAACAACCAUUCAUCUGUCUGCAGUUGGACCUCUGAGGAUGUAGAGAACACAUUUGUUCAUCGGGUCAGGUUCAUCUGCAGAUUGUGCCUUUUCGAAUCAGUUGAAUCUGCAGCCGACAGCACUAGUACGCAUAUUUGUGCUACUUUCCUUUAAUGUGUGUCUUGUGAUUGUUAUAUACUUUUUUUUACAUAAAGAAUACGAUGUAGUUGUUCAA